AGCUGUCACGGAAGAUUGGAAAAAUUUUUCAGAACAACAUCUCCUGAUAUGGUUUACAUAAAUUAUCUUAUGUUAAAGUUCAUCUUACAGGUUAACGCCAGAAACUUCCACAAAUAGGCUACAGGUGACUUGUUAUAUUUGCAAAGAAGGUUGCUUUGGGAAAAUAUGGCCGACCGUGGAUUUAAAGGCGUUUUGCGACCUCUUUGUUUAGGUGUGAUUGCUUGUGUACUAAUCAUUGGACUAGUUGGAGCCAAGGCUACGGGGGACGCGUGUGAGGUUUGCCAUUGCGAAAGACAGCCAUUGACUGUUGACUGCAGCAAUAGGGGUCUGACAGAGCUACCAAUCGGCAUACCAAAUGACACUGCAAAACUAGACCUUAGUAUGAACUUCUUGCGAGAGAUACCAGAAGAUUGGUUGUUGCAGUUUGAUUAUCUCGUUUACCUGAGUGUAUCCGGAAAUCUUAUUUCGAAUUCAUUUAAAGUACCACCGUCUCUCAGGUCUCUGUCGGCUUAUGAUAACCAGUUGCAAGAUAUAAGAAUGAUGAUGGAAACCGGAAAACUAUGGAAAGUAUCUUUCGCAAGAAACAAGUUGGAAGUAAUUCGAACGGAUACAUUUAGAAACUGCAACGAACUAGCUAAAGUGUAAGAACUAUUAGUUUUAAUGUUUUGAAUGUAAAAUUCAUUUAUCUCUUGUAUUAAACUGUCUGUUUGUGAAGUUUAUAUUUAAGUUCAUAUUAACGCUGCUUCGACCAGCCAGUGCAGUUUCCGUGCAGUGUCACUUUUAUAGUAACGUAAUGUUUGCGGUACAAGUUAUAAAGAUUCAGUGUCUUAGUUGUUAAAGACACUGGACACUAUUGGUAAGUGUCAAAGACCAGUCUUCUCACUUGGUGUAUCUC